AUGGCCUCCCUCAGACUCCGCGCCGCUCAGCGGCUGCCGCUUCAGACCUCAGUCAGGAUGUUCAGUACCACACCCUUGCGUUACAAGUUGAUGGGCGAUAAACCCGACUCCAACCUACCGGAUCCCUCCAAAGACUCGUCUGCUGCGCCGAACGCAAAGGUGCGAUCUAGCCCCCAGAACACUGACCAGCAAUCGUCUGCUUCGAAAGAUGAGCACAAGGCUGGCGACGACCAUCCGGCGAAGCAACCGGACCCACAAGCACAGCCCACAAGGACGACGGGUAUUGGUGGUGGCGACAAGGUGAAAGGUGGAAAGGACGGACUUCAUGAGCGGGGCGACAAGCAAUAG